CCUCUCCCCACCUGCUGCAGCCACACUGUGCCCUCUUCCAGCUGGCUGGGCCCACUGACCGCCAGCUCCCCAAGAGCCAGGCCACAGAGAUGCACCAUGGUCUGGAGCCAGCCCUCUACAGGCCCUCAUCCCAGGAGGGCCUCACCCCUGGGCACCUGAAGAAGGCCAAACUGAUGUUCUUCUACACUCGCUACCCCAGCUCUGGGACGCUCAAAACCUACUUCUCUGAUGUCAAGUUCAAUCGCUGCAUCACAUCCCAGCUCAUCAAGUGGUUCAGCAACUUCCGGGAGUUUUUCUACAUCCAGAUGGAGAAGUUCUCGCGCCAGGCACUGAGCGAUGGGGUGCCCAGCGCCGAGGCACUGACUGUCACCCGGGACUCGGAGCUGGCACGUGUCCUCAACCAGCACUACAACAAAGCCAAUGACUACGAGAUCCCCAGCAAGUUCCUGGAGGUCUCCCAGAUCACCCUGCGGGAGUUCUUUAGUGCCAUCUCCCAGGGCUGUGAUGCUGACCCCUCCUGGAAGAAAUCCAUCUACAAGGUCAUCUGCAAACUGGAGUGUGACAUUCCUGAUGCCUUCAGAUCCCCCCAUGGCCUGCCGGACACUGUGCACGAGUGACCAAGGGAGGGCUGAUGCAGAGGCGGGGUCCUUGGGGUGGGAACUCUGGUAAUUUAUUGCUGAUGUGAUCCACAAGGUUGCUAAGUUGCUGGCUAGGGUAGGGAUGACCUUGACACCUCCCACAUUUCAAAAUGAUCCUCCCCCCACAUAGCAGAGGAAGUUGCAUUGGUAGAGUACAGUUGCAUUGGGGUGUACAAGCCAGGGAGGGACGCCAGCAGUGGGGGAGAUGGGCAGCAUCGGAUUUGCUUGAUGGAGGAGGCAGGCAGCAGGGGGAGCACAGAUGGGGAGUGGGGAGCUCAUGCUGCACUUAGGGACAACAGAGAGCUUCCAGCAGUGGGGGAGAUGGGCAGCAUGGGAAGUGCCAGAUGUGGGAGGCAGGUGGUGUGGGGAACACAGAGGGGGUGGGGAGGGGUUGCAGCGGUUGGGAAGGGAAGGUGGUGUGUGGAGUGCAAGCUGCUGGUGGAGCCAGCAGGGAGCUCCCAGCAGUGGGGGGACAGGUAGAGUGGGGUGUGCAGCCUGGGGGUGGAGCCAGAGCAGGGAUCCCAGAAGUGGGGGUUGGGGUAGGCAGCACAGGGAGAACAGACAUGGGGCAGGUGAAAGUUUUUUCUUGGGGUGGGAUCUGCAGCUAGGAAGAGUUCCCACGUGGGGCCCAUCCACAUGGUGAGCAGUGGGCGGCUUGUGUCAGAGGUGGAAAGUAAAUAAGUAGAAAUACUUCACUACGCUACUCAAGUACAUUUUUUCGGUAUUUGUACUUUACUCAAGUAAUGUAUUUUUGUGAUACUGCGACUAUUACUCAAGUAGGUUUUUUUGGAAGACACUGUACUUUCUACUCCAGUCCCGUUUCCGGAAGCGCUUAGUUACUCACUCCUUUCAGCACCCCAUUGACAGCUGCGCAAGCCAGCAUUCUGAUUUGCUAAAGCACAGCCGCAUGCGCAAAGCAUCCCAUGUUAUGCAGUGACAAUUUAAAACACAAAUUAAUCAACAGGCACCAUGACCCUGCCAAUGAAGAAGCCUUUUAAUAGCCACAUCAACACCUUUUCAUUCAAAACCUGUAUCUGUGUAGGGGUGGGGAGCCCCGAGCCUCACGGGCCAGAUCCAGCAUGAUGGAGAGAAGAAGCACAGCACCGUGCUCUGCUGCUCCCCUUCCUCCGGCUGAGGGAAUGUGGUGCUGGAAACUGCUCAUGGAAGGGUUUCCUUGCUGCUCCCAUUGGCCAGAUUUGGGCCAAGGGGAGCAGCGGGGAGCAGCAGGGAGUGUGGAGCUAGGUAAGCACCCCCUACUCCCCUCAUGGCCAGCCCCUGCACCCCAUCCAUCCCCCAUACCUCCCUCCCACCCAGCUCUCCCAGCCCCAGUCCACUCCUGCACCCUCCCACCCUUCCAGACACCCCACCCUCAGCCCACUCCUGCACUUCCUUCCAGCCAGUCCUCCACUCCCAGCCCACUCCAGCAUCCUACCUCUCACCCAGACCCCCACCCUCAUCCCCACCUCUACCCCACUCCUACUCACUGAACCCCCCAUUUUGACCUCACCUCAGAGCCUGGGUGGGGGGGCUCACAAAAACUACUAACCCUGGGAUCCCAAAAGAGUUAAUCUGGCCAUUGGGAAGCCCUGAAGCUAGGUCCUCCCUGCCUCCUCUACCCUCCUUCCCCCACUGUGGGGCUGGAGUGCCAGGGGAGUGGGUGUCUCAGUUGGAGGCCACAUCAGUGAGGGGUUUGGGUUUUUUUGGGGGGUGUUGCCCCUCACUGGUGUGGCUCAUGAUUGAUUUUUCUGCAAAUCAGUGGCCCCCAACCCAAAUAAUGGUGCCCUAAGAUAAUUCAGGUAGUUAAUUAUAGAUUUCCACAGGACAGCUACUUCUUACUUCUGGAUACUUGAGUACAAUUAGGAUGUGAUACUUUUGUACUUUUACUCAAGUAGUUUUCUAGAAGGAUACUUCGUCUUUUACUUAAUUACAUUUUUUCAAAGUAGCAGUACUUUUACUUUUUCAAGUACCUUUUUUGGGUACUUUUUCCACCACUGGUUUGUGUUACUGGCCCAUGUCCAUGGGUCUGAGGCCUAUGGGAGGAGGGAAUGGGACAGGGGUGGUUGGGGUUGGGGAGAGGGGCUUGUGCUUCCCAAUGGAUGUAUUGCUGAGACUUCCUGCUCCCCCUGGAUCCUGCCAAUAAAGACGCAUCAAAAA